GUAUGGGCAGCGCCGGCUCCAGUUGCCGGACCACCGUGUCCAUGGAGAACAUGAACCAGCCGCAAGUCCUGCGCGUCGUGCCGAAAGGAACCACCGUACUCGUGGAAGAGGUCAAGCCACCGCCCAAGGCCCAGAAGUCUGGCAGCGCUGCCUCCGGUCGCUCCAAGUACGGGGCUGUCAGGAAGGGAUCGCCGACCAUCCAGGUUGUGCAAGAGUGCGAGAGUUCGACCGACUACUACCCGCCGCCUCCGCCACCGCCCCCGUCACGACCCGAGCCGAUCGCUGCAGAGCACUGUGUCGAGUGCCUCGCCGAGCUCAUCGAACGCCGCCGCGCUGGGCGUCGGGGCCGCGAAGAGGAGACUGAUUUGCGAGUCACGACUCGUGUCGUGGACGAGGAGAAUAUGCCCGGAGCCCGAGGAGGCGGUGGCUGCUGCCCCACCUGCGGCUCUCUGAUGUCUGGGCGCUGACGGGGUUAAGGGACGUUGGCAGCGGGCACACCAGUCAUCGCUGCUGAUCAGUGAAGUCUCCGGCAGACUUGUCCACAUCGACGUCCGCGGUGCUGGAUUGUGCGCGAGGCUGGUGAAGGCGCUGACAAG